CAGUCAGACAGUCCAAGGCGGAGGCGGCACUGGCAGCCUGUGUUUGUGGGAAAUAUCCCAAAGCAGCCGUCCAAGGAAUGGCGGCGAAGGAAAGGGGAGGGAGGGUCUCGCCUUGCGCCCGCGUUGUUUACGGGAGGCUCCUAGCAACAGAAGGCUUCUGCAAGCCCGUCUCCAUGGCAACCGUGCCGCGCUUGCUCUCUGGCGGGCGGCAGCAACAGCAGCGGGAGUAACAGCUGCGAAGAUUAAAACAGAGGAUUUCGGAACCGGCUCAGUCUGUCAGGGCACGAAGGGCUACGAAGGAGCGGGUUUGGUAUUCCUCCCCCACCCUCUUUCUUGUCGAGAUUGCUUUGCCGCUGUUCUUGAAAAGGGGUCAGUAGAUUCAUGGUCAGCUCCGGAGUAACGAGAACGUUUGUGAAGGCAUAUGACACUGGGGAUGAGCCUAUGCCAUGGGAGUAGCAUUGACAAGAGCAGCUCAGUGGACUGCUGCUGGUUCUGGAACAGGAAGACUGGAAAUCACACCACUGAAUGAAUCACUUUUGAAUGAAAUCAUUAAGUUUACAGACAGCUUUAGCAUCAAACAUCCUCAAGAAGCUGCCUUUGUCUUUAAGGAGCCACUUGAAUGGCAGACAAAACUAGAGCCUUCAGCAUUUGAGUCAGGCUAUGAAAUCAGCAGUGAAAAAACAGUUAAAUCUCAAGAAAUAGACAAAGAUGGGCAGCCGCUGCUUCUGCUCAGAGGAUCAGCCCUCAAAGUUCGCAGUUUUGGGCAACUGUCUCGUUUUCUAUAUGUGGCUGGAGAAAAAAGGCUAACAGAAGCACAGACAUGCCUUGAAGCUAAUAGAGAUCCCAUUGUGAAAAUUCUUGGCCCUGGAUAUGGGACAAUUGAAGGAGAGGAUCUGUCCAUGCUUCGUUUACUAGACAAAAUGAAAAAAGAUGAUGCUUCUGAUAAUGAAAUGAAAAUGAAAAUUUCCCUGCUUCUCCAGCAACUGGAUAUGCAACUACUCAAUAGCUCUUUAAAACAAGUUUCACAAGAAGUGAGAUUAACUCCAACUGCUGUGAAAAAUGAAGUAGAACUGCUUAAACGUUUCUCUGGAGCAACAGAAGAUGCAGUCCUUGAAUCGCUGGAAUAUAUAUCAGACUAUGAAUUUUCCAACGGAUGUCGUGCCCCACCUUGGAGACAAGUCCAUGGAGAAAUCUGCUAUUUGUCCAUUAAACCUUGUGAUACAGAUGUUAUGUAUGUCACUUGCAGCACAGCAGGAGUAUUUUUAAAUGGAGGAAGGGAAAAAGAGAGGGAUCAAAUCAAUUACGAGAGAAAGAGUGACAUAUAUAAAGAUCUUGUCACAUUUUUAAGAGAAAGAUCAGCAGCAUUUGUAGAAAAUAUGGCUAAACAGAAAUAUACUUUUUUUGAUGAACCAAAGUAUGAAAAACAUUAUCAACAUAUGGAAGCGGUUGAGGCAGAUGAUUAUGGCCAAGCCCAAAAGUUUUACGACUAUGCAGAAAAGAAUGUAUUUGAGAAGCCUAAGAGUCCUCUUGUAAAAAGCAAGCCUACUGAGAGCAAGAAAUUAGAACCAUCUCUUAAAUGGAAGAGCACACCCGGCUCCAGAGAAGGCAAAGGAGCAAGGAAAGAAAGCAAGGAUGAAAAGGAAAUCAAACCAAUCCCUCCAGAAGGCAAGAAAAGAUCCAGUGUAGCAUCCCCUGGUUCUGGUAAAGGUAAAAUUCCACUAAAGCCUGAAGAAGUUAGUGAAAGUUCAUCAGAGAGUGAAGAAGAAGAUGAACAACCUGAACGUCAUCAGGAAAUAAACACUGAUUUGCCAUCAGAAUAUUGGCAAAUUCAAAAAUUAGUAAAGUAUAUAAAGGCCGGCAACCAGACAGCAACAGUCAUUGCCCUGUGUUCAAUGAGAGAUUUCAACUUGUCGCAAGAAACUUGUCAGUUGGCAAUUAGAGAUGUUGGGGGCCUUGAAGUGCUAAUUAAUUUGCUUGAUACUGAAGAAAUCAAAUGUAAGAUUGGCUCAUUAAAAAUCUUGAAGGAAAUUAGCCAGAAUCCGCAAAUCAGACGUACAAUUGCUGAUCUUGGAGGAUUACAAAUCAUGGUUAAGAUACUUGAUUCUGUAGACCAAGAUUUGAAAUGUUUGGCAGCCGAAACCAUAGCUAAUGUGGCCAGAUUCAAGCGAGCACGAAGAACAGUCCGGCAGCAUGGUGGAAUCAAGAGACUAGUUGGGCUACUGGACUGUUCAACGAUGGCGUCGGCAAAUCUCACUCCACUUCAAGGAAAAGAAAUUGAAGUAGCACGCUGUGGGGCUUUGGCACUCUGGAGCUGUAGCAAAAGUGCCAGGAAUAAAGACGCAAUACGUAAAGCUGGAGGCAUCCCCCUGCUGGCUCAAUUACUGAAGUCUCCUCAUGCCAACAUGUUAAUACCUGUGGUAGGAACUUUGCAAGAGUGUGCAUCUGAGCCGAGCUACAGACUUGCAAUCAAAAAUGAGAAGAUGAUAGAGAACCUUGUGAAAAAUCUGAACAGUGACAAGGAAGAGCUUCAAAUGCAUUGUGCCAGUGCCAUUUUUAAGUGUGCUGAAGAUCAGGAAACACGUGACCUUGUUAGACAGCAUGGAGGUCUAAAGCCUCUUGCUACAUUGCUUGCUAAUUCUGGAAAUAAAGAACUUCUGGCAGCAGUGACAGGAGCAAUCUGGAAAUGUGCAAUCAGCAAAGAAAAUGUGACAAAAUUCCGGGAAUACAAAGCUAUAGAAGCUUUGGUUGGCCUACUAACAGAUCAGCCAGAAGAAGUCCUCGUGAAUGUUGUUGGAGCACUAGGUGAAUGUUGCCAAGAACAAGCAAAUCGGGUCAUUAUCCGGAGAUGUGGUGGCAUCCCACCCCUCGUUGCUUUACUCACUGGAACCAAUCAGGCUCUCCUUGUAAAUGUGACCAAAGCAGUGGGAUCUUGUGCAACAGAACCUGAAAAUAUGAUGAUAAUUGAUCGUUUGGAUGGUGUUCGUUUGUUAUGGUCUUUAUUGAAAAAUCCUCAUCCAGACGUUCAGGCAAGUGCUGCCUGGGCUAUUUGUCCUUGUAUUGAAAAUGCAAAGGAUGCUGGUGAAAUGGUUCGUUCAUUUGUUGGUGGUUUAGAGUUGAUUGUCAAUUUAUUGAAAUCAGAGAAUAAAGAAGUUCUGGCAAGUGUGUGCGCUGCUAUCACCAACAUAGCAAAAGAUCAAGAGAAUUUAGCUGUUAUAACAGACCAUGGUGUUGUCCCUUUGUUGUCCAAACUAGCAAAUACAAACAACGACAAAUUAAGAUGUCAUUUAGCUGAGGCUAUUUCUCGUUGCUGUAUGUGGGGAAGUAACAGGGUUGCCUUUGGAGACACCAAAGCUGUUGCCCCUUUAGUACGUUACCUGAAAUCAAGUGACCCAGCAGUUCAUCGAGCUACUGCACAAGCCCUCUAUCAACUGUCAGAGGAUCCCAACAAUUGCAUCACCAUGCAUGAAAAUGGGGUAGUAAAGCUUCUGCUGGGGAUGGCAGGCUCUACGGACGAAACACUUCAGGAAGCAGCGGCUGGUUGCAUUGCAAACAUCCGCAGGCUGGCUCUAGCUACAGAGAAAGCAAAGUACGGCUGACUCUCCAAACAAUUUUUACUACGUCCUCAGGAAUUUUCUUUCUUAAUACUGCAGUCUUACUAGCUUGGAGUGGGAAAACACUGAAUUAGAAUGCCACAGAAAUAUGUACUUUAGGUUCUUGUUACAGGUGAUGUAUAUUUGACUAAAAUUAACACAACAGAAGUAAAUAUAAAAAAUGGAAAAGUCCUUUUUAUUUUGAGUAUAACAUACUCUUAUGGUGUUUUUUUUGGAGAAAAAUCACUAUUUUACCUUUUCCAAAGGCACACUAGGGACUAUUUAAAAAUGUAAGUUUAACAACAUUGUCUCUCCACAUUCUUUUUUGGGGGGGAAGGGGCAUGUCA